UAUGGAUAAAGAAUUUUAAUGUUGUUAAUGUUAACUUGAGUUUAAUUUACAGGAUAGAAGUCCUCAUGUCCUCCCAUCCUGCGGUCAUUCAAUAUGUUAGUUAUGUGUGAAAUAAUAUUUGUAAUCGCAAUUGUAGUUGAUAUGCAACGAGGACAAGUAAAUGAAUCACAAAUUAAAUUAAGCAUCGAAUGCCAAGUUGACAGAGAUUUCAAAUUCUUCCCUAUUAAUCAAAGCAUCAUAGUCCUGUUGAGAAAAAAGCGAACUGUACAAAGAUGCCAUACUUAUGUAACUCCAGAAGAUGCAAUCCCUCGAAUAUCAGCAGAAGAUGUAAGCGAAUUUUCAGGUGACAGCCAAUAAAACAUUCAACUAAAUAAGAGCAUCUCUCAAUCACAUUCAUGUGAAAUAUUGCCAGCUAAAGAAAACUAAGGAAAUUUAUGUCAGAUUCAUUCAAAACCAUUAGAAUUAGUUUGUUAAGAAGAUGGAGAAUGUAUCUGUGUUAAUUGUGCCUUAUUUGGAAAUCAUAAGUUCCACAACUAUAAGCCUAUUGAAUAAUAUGUGAAAGAAAUGGAAUAAACAAUUUAUGAUAUCACCACAAUAUAUGAGGUUGUAAAGGAAAUGAGUUCUAAAAUUGAACAAAAAAUUUACGCAAAAGAAUUUGAAACUAAAAUACUUUAAUCAAAAGACUCUAAAUUAUAAGCAAUAGAUUUAAAGUUUAAUGAAUUAUUUAAUGAAUUGAAUUAAAUAAAAGAAGAAUUUAAAUCUAGAGUAGAAAAUAAUUACAAUAUAUAAUUCGAUAGUAAUAAAAGAAAAAUUGAAUCAGAAUUUAUUUAAUUAAAAGAUCAAGCAGAUAAAUGGCUUUCAUAAACGGGACAUCAAUUAAAUGAUUUCAUUGUUGAUAAAAUUUAAAAUCAAAAGCUAAGAAUGGAUGCUAAAGAAUUAGGCAAUAGCAAAGAAUUAGGUAAUAGCAAAGAAAACGGGUCUUAAUUAAUUAACAAAAUAUAAUUCUAGUUUACUUAAAUUGACACUUGUGUUAAGUUGAUCGGAGAGUAAUAACAAUUCUUUGUACCUAUCGAAAACAUUAAAAACUAAUUUUCUCAUGAAAAUAAAUAAUAACUUGACUAGUUAUUAUUGGAUAGAGAAGAUAAAUUAACAGAUUCGGAUAUUAUUUAUUAGGAUAUUAAAGAUGAAAAAUUAACAUAAUCAAUGUAUAUUUCCUAAUAACCUACGCAACCAGCUUCUCCUUAAUAUAAUGUUGGAAAAAAUAAUUAUUUCAGCCAAACACUGACGCCAGGAUAAUUCUAAAGAAAAGAUAGGAGCGUAACUAUGCUACAAACAGAACCUUCAGAGAUUUCUGCUCCAAAUACUAACAGAAAUAAGUUGUCUUCAUCAAAGUUCGCUAAAGUCUAAAAAUUUAGUAAAGACCCAAAAUUACACGAUAAAAUAAUUAAUACCCUAGCCAUGUUCGAAAAGUUUGAAAUGAUUGAUUUUUCUACUCUUGGUAAUAAUUAGUCUAUCUUAGAUGUUACUGAGCCGUUGAUUUAAGCCAUAGAAGAAGCACUCAAAAAUAAAAAAAUUGUCAAAGUAUUAAAAAUGAGUAAAUGUAAAUUAAGUGAUGAUCUUUUUGCUAAACUGUUAUCAGUCAUUGAAGAAUCUAGGUAUUGAGGUUAAGUAUAUUUUACAGUGUUACAGCAUUGCACCUAUAAUCCAACGCAUUAACUGAAAAAGCAUUAGAUUGUCUAUUAAAUAUUGCCAAAGUCAAAAAGCAUUUUGAAUGCAAAUAAAUCUACUUGAAUGGAAAUAUGAGCAUUACAUAGGCAAAAGCCAAAAAAAAGAUUGAAGAAAUUAAAAAGUAUGGUAUAUAAGUAACGAUCUGA